CUCAAAGCGUAAAACAUGGAGGAUUUACAAAGUAGAUAUUUGUCCGUGUGUGCAGAAGUUCAGCGACCCCCCAAAGCAUAUGUUUUGAAAGUACUGGCAGAUAGCACGAACAGCGAUGUUGUUUCGCUCGUAUUAGCUGGAAAUGAUCGGCAUGGAGAAAGACUGACAGAUGACGAUGUGCUUGUCUUGUCAAAAACGCUUGCUGGAAAUUCGGCAAUAAAGGGUUUGGACCUUAGAUACAAUUGCAUUACGGAUAAAGGAGCUGUUUAUCUGGCAGACCUCAUUCAGGAGAGCGAGUCCCUUCAGUUUCUUGAUCUUAUGUGCAAUAACAUUGAAGCAGAGGGUGCAGGAAUGCUAGCAAAAAGUCUCCAUAAAAAUAAAAGCUUGAGGAAGCUCAGAAUGACUGGAAAUAAGAUCGGAAACAAAGGUGCCAUGCAACUGGCUGCCAUGUUGCAGAUCAAUGCUACUUUUGAGGAAGUGGAUGUGUCAGAUUGUGACCUGACUACACAAAGUGUAAUAGCAUUUGCCAUCGUCUUGAACAACAACAGAAGAAUUUGUGCCAUUAAUAUUAGCCGACCUCUUCUUUUCAGUCUUCAGGAGGAAACAACAGAACAUAUGGCACAUAUGCUGAUGGUCAAUAAAACAUUAAGGGAGCUGCACAUGGGAAAACAUGGCAUGACUGACACUGGUGUGGAUAGACUGUGUGAAGCAUUGAAGAUGAACUCUUCUCUACGCUACUUGGAUCUUCGUUGUAACAGAAUUACACGAGAUGGCGCCAGAUGCCUAUCAGAGGUUUUAAAACAAAAUAGCACUUUGGAGAUUCUAGAUCUCUCCUCCAAUUGCAUUGAGGAUGAUGGUGCUGUGUAUCUAAGUGAAGCUAUCAAGAUUCCACACAGCAAACUCAGAGCGUUAGUGGACUGUUUUAAUCCUCCUAUGUUCUCUGUUUUUUUUAUUAUAAUACAAUUCACACACCAUAACCGUCUCCAUCAUUCUAGUCGUCCAACAGAUUUCUUCUUUUUUUUUCUUUCUAGAUUGUCCAUUACCGGUAAUAACGCUGGAACCGCAGGUCUUAUGUGCCUCUACAAGGCCAUCAGAGUCAAUUCCAGUCUCACAAAUGUUUACAUUUGGGGGAACAAACUUGAGGAGCCAGUCUGUGUGGCUUUCUCCCAGCUGAUAAGCAGCGGGCGACUGUUGGAAGGGCACACAGAUGUUUCCCCCUAUGAGGUUGACGGUCAUGUUUUCUUGGCAGAAGCAUCUCAUGGUUUGCGGAGACAUUACUAUUGGACAUCCCCAUAUGGGAUGAAUGAUUUCAGUAAUUCUGCACUGGCACUGAUUUCAUCACAUUCGUUGGUAUCUUCGAUCCAGUCAGAAUUGCAACUGUGAU